AUCAGCUAGAAAGUGGGAGAGAACAUCUGUUGUUUUUGAAAAGCAAUCCUCUGGUACUUCUCCGUAUUUGUUUGUGUCUAGUUCGAGCGGUGAUAAUUCUAGUCAUCCGGUUUCAAAUCUCUCUGGAAGUCUGCCGGAUUUGGAGAAGAAACCCCUGAAAUAUAGCUAAUUAUUUCGUCCUUCUGCCUUCUUAGGGCAUUAGUGAGAUAAGGCACAGCCUCGCAGGUGCUGGAGUUAUCCACUCAAGGGAUGAAUAAAAAUUCAAAGAGCCAAAAACAACAACGAUUUGCAUACACGAGUCAGGAUAGUAUUGUUCCCCUAGUGUGUGUACUACCAUCAUUACAACCAGACAGACGCCAACUCAACUUCACACAGAAAAACACAAACGACGGCCUUGGAUUCAAGCGCUGGAAAUGUUUUAUUUGUUUAGCUGAGAGAGAUGGCAUUUCGGAUUAGCUGAAAGGUUUAGGGAAGUACGUUUAUAUUUUUCCGAAAGAUCCACGCAAUUUUGUACGACUGUUUUGGAUACGGGAUGCCCUGACUAGUAAGGUAACCAUGUGUGGUACUUUCUUGACUAACUAAUCCUAACAAACAGCUAACAUAACUUCAGCUGAAUACAAGUUAAGACAGACGUUAGAGUUUGGAAAGUUUGUUGUUGAUUGGGAGAGUCAGUGUACCAUUGUAGAGAGAGUUCAACCAGAGGGCAGCGCAUAGCUGCGAGCGUUGUGUGGGUGUUUUUAACCGGACGGGCCCCCGGGCCCAAAACAACGGCCGUUUCUGUGUGUCAGUCUACACUACCUUCCACCAAAUCCCACCAUGGCCUUAUGACCCGUCCCCGUGAAUCUUUCCCGGUAAUGCCGAAGAACCAGCGGCCAGGGGUGCAGCUACUCCGGACCUCAGACGAUUUCGUCUUCCCCGUCCGCCGACACAUAUGGGGGACGCCUGACUCCAACCCUUCUUGAGGACUGCUAUUGGUCAAGAACGGUCAUGUGACGCCGGGGUGCCAAUGUUAUUUGAUAAGAGUGUCAAGACCUUGUCACAAAGAAAUAAAUUUCUACAAAACAACGAGAUGCAAAAAUCACCUUACUACGAAACAACAUCGCAACAACUUUACAACGGCUACAGCUAUAGUAAUGGGGAGAGGUAUGGCUAUGAGGGGAGUGGAGGCGGCGGUGGAGGCAGCUAUGGCACCGAGGCUACACAGGAGUUCGGCCCGUCAUGUUCCGUACGGAAGCCGGCCAGUGGACCGGGCAGCGGGCCGGGCAACGUUAGCCCGACCUGCAUGAAGACAAACCCCGCCGACAACAACCACGGCACCGCUCCUCAGUCCGUCUCCAACGCUGCCAUCCUAGCUAACACUAAGAUCUAUCCAUGGAUGAAGGAAUCCCGCCAAAAUUCGAAACAACGCCAGCCGACCAAUCUAUCAGUUGGUAGCACGACAGAGGCCGGGGAGUCCCCGGGGCUAGGCGGCGCGGCGGGGAAGAGAGCCCGCACGGCCUACACCAGCGCCCAGCUCGUGGAGUUGGAGAAGGAGUUCCACUUCAACCGGUACCUGUGCCGGCCUCGGCGGGUGGAGAUGGCGGCCAUGCUAAACCUCACGGAGCGGCAGAUCAAGAUCUGGUUCCAGAACCGCCGGAUGAAGUAUAAGAAGGAACAGAAAGUGAAGGGCGGGGGUAGUGGGGGAGGUAGCGGGGGCAUGAACAGUCCCUCCCCGCCGGUCACCACGACUCCUCCCGGCGUGAACCCCGGGCCUCUGCCUCACCCUACCACCCAGCCGAGCUUGAGUCAGGGUAACAACAUGUCCAACCACAUGAGCAUGAUGGGGUCGUUACAACAGACUCAGCCGUCCUACAGUCAGUACCCCCCGCCACAUCUGAACCACAGUCUACCUCACCAGGCUCCACCACACAGUGUGGGGCUCACCAUGUCGGGACCCGUGUCUCCGCAAUGUUACCAGUCGAACCACUCUCCCUGUCCGCCUACAUCAGCCCCUCAUCCCGUCCCCAUGGGGAACCACGUCCCCCACCCCCGCCAGGGCCCCCCACACAUGACCAACGGGCUCCCCGCCUCCCCUCUCGAGGUAGUGAACCAGCGGCAGUACACCCCUCCCGCGCCGGGACCCUCUCCGACGGGCCCCGGGCCAGGUCACCACGGCCUGACGAACUCGUACCCGGAGUGUCCGCCACACCACACCGAGCUACCUCAUCACCAGUACGCCACCCCAAUGUCCGUGGUCAAUAUGAACUACUGUGUGAACGUCCAAACUCAGGGAAAUCGUUUAAACAGUGCGCCCAAACUCACACAUUUGUAACCUCUGGGUUCGGGCAAUGGAAAAACAUGACACACACUUCCGAUAGGAAAAUACCUUCCUUAUCAAUCCCCCAAAAUGACGAUCAGAAUCAUAACUAAUUCUCACACACCGGUGUUGAAAAUUCAAGCUACCAAAUCUGUGAACAAAUUUUUGAAAGUCAUGUCCAUAUGCCCAAUGAAAUGUUGAUUGACAGUAUAAACCCAGUGGAUAUUUAUACGGAGAAUUUGUAUAUUUUCCGCCGAACUUAGUAGAUACGGAAGUUCGAAAUGUCAUUGCAAUGAUAGACUCUUGUUGUCAUCUAUUCUAUUCUAUUCUAAAUGUCUUCUCUCGCUUUCUAGGCCUGUGAAUAUAGCAUCUAACUCUUAGCUAGCGUCUUUCCUUCACUAUUCCUUGCCGUCCUAUUGUAGUUAGCUAGACAGAGGAACUGAUGUAUUUAUGUAGCUAGUUUUGUCCGUAAUUUAUUCGAAACAAUAAAUAAAGUAUUCGUUCCGAGGAUAGAAUUGUUAGGAAAUUAAAAAAGGGACAAUUUUAUCGUUGGCGAGUUACCUACAUUGAUGUUGCUGUAUAUGUAGAGUUUUUAGGAUGAGAAAAAAAAGUGGGGUUAGCGUUCCUAUAAUAUAUGUGGUUACUGUUCGUAUCAUUCAUGUGCAACAAAAAAGAUGAAAACUUAACAGUGCAAGAGAGAUUCUUCUGUGAUGGUACGGAUAUUUGGGGUGUUGACGUUAGCAAUCUGCCCCGUGUGUUCGUACAUAGGCAUAGAUUUGACCUGCCCUGUUCUUUCUUGUCAAGCAGUCUUUAUUUGUGUGGGUUCCCGAUCUGACCCACUGUAGUGCUCUCUCCUUGAAGAACCCGAAUGUACACAAAAACUGACUGGGACACAUCGCCUUCAAACUUACACCACUCCGUCUACCUGUCUGUUUUUAUUUUAGAACAGACGUUGUCAAUUUCCAGGCCUGGUAAAAUAAAAUUCGACCCCGAGAAAACUGAUCUCCAACGGCACGGUUUGACUGGAACACGGGUUACAAGGCGAGGGCACACGGUGUCAAAGUCACAUCCGCUCAUUUUACAUUACAACCAAAUGUUCUCGGAGAAAAAAAUGUAGGGAACUGUGAAAUUAAAGGAGAAUAACGUGAA